UCCAGUUGAACAUUCCUGGCAUUCUCGCCUUGGUCCCUCCUCCCCGCUGGCUUAUUAUCGGCCCGCCUGCUUCCCCCAGCAGAAGCAUAAGCAGCAUUUCACACAGCAGCAGCAGCAGUGAAAGGGGAGGACGCGCGUUUCGGUUCUUCAAAGUCAACCAAAAGAAAAAAGACGCACACGGAGUUGGGAUUAACACCAAAACUUGGAUUUCCACACAGCAGAGGAGCACUUUUCGUUAUUAGGAUGAGAGCCUGAGCUGGUUUCACAGGCGAUUGCGUGAAAUCAGAAGAAGCGAAUCCUCAGCGACAAUCGGCAUGACCUCUACCGAGGAGCAGUCCGGUAUGGUCUUGCACCGGCUGAUCCAGGAGCAGCUUCGCUACGGAAACCCGACAGACACCCGCACCUUACUGGCCAUCCAGCAGCAGGCCCUGCGCGGAGGCAGCGGCAGCAACAGCGGCGGCGACAUCGGCCGCAGCCCCCGUUCCUCUCUGGAGAGUCUCACCCAGGAGGAGCCUCCGUUCCCCCAGCUCUCGGCCAGACAAGAGCCCCAGGGCCAGGAGCACCAGGGCGACUUCCACCACUCUGAGAGCGCCUUUCAGCUCUACCAGCUCCACGGCGAGGAGCUGCCCACCUACGAGCAAGCCAAGGUUCAUUCUCAGUACCUGGCCAGCCACUGGGCAGCGCCGCCCAGCCCCGCCGGGGAGUCCCGCGAGGGGGCCUUUCACCAGGAGGCGGACGAGACGGAGCACAAGUGUGCCCACGCUCGCUCCCUCAGUGAGCAGCACAUGCAAAUCUCUCUGGAGAGGAAUGAUGCAGCGGCCAAGACGGAUGCGGUCAAGAGCGCUUCUCACAGCUACCCUGAGCUGGCCUACCACACCCAGUGGGGGGCAGCGGAGAAACGCCACCCUCCGCCCGAGUACUCGGCUCCUGUCCAGGGACAAGGAUUUAUCCUGCACCAGGCCCAGGAGCCUGUGCCGGCCCCACAGCACAGGUACGUCCAGUCCGGGCCGCCGGUGGACGUCUCCUGCUACGACGCCUUUGCCGGCCUGCCCCAUGCUGGCUUGGAGGAGCCCAACCAAGUGGCGCUUCUGCUGAUGGAGAACGAGAGGCUAAGGCAAGAGCUUGAGGCUCAUCGGGAGAAAACCGAUCGAAUUCAGAAGUUGGAGCAGGAAAUCCAACGCAUUUCCGAGGCCUACGAGAAACUCGUGCAGGGCAGCAGCAAGCGAGAGACUCUGGAGCAGACGCUGAGGAGGAGGCUAGUGGACGAAAUUCGCCGGCUGCAGGAUUUCAACCGGGACCUGAAGGAGAACUUGGAAAAUGCCCGCACGCACGUGGCCAAAGAAGUGCAGGUGGCCGAUCACAACCAGCACAUCAUGGCCAAACUCCUGGAGCAAAACGAAGAGCAGAACGCGGAACGGGAGCGCAUGGAGCGCGAAGCCGAGCGACUGCGUGCGGCGGCCGAGGAGCAGAGCGUCCGCAGUAGGAGGCUGGAGGAGGCCCUGGAGGCAGCCCGGGGGCGAGGCCGGCAGCUGGAGGAGGAGCUGCGGCGCAAGAGAGCCUAUGUGGAGAAGGUGGAGCGGCUCCAGAGCGCCCUGGCUCAGCUGCAGUCUACCUGUGAGAAACGUGAGCGCCUGGAGUUGAAGCUCAGGACGCGCCUGGAGCAGGAGCUCCGCAGCUUGAGGGCUCAGCAGCGCCAGUCGCAACCACCUGGAGUGACCAUGGGUUCCCUCCAAGAGCGUCUGCGGGAGCGCGAGGAACGCAUUCUGGCGCUGGAGGCCGACAUGGUGCGCUGGGAGCAGAAGUACCUGGAGGAGAGCACCAUGAGACAGUUUGCCAUGGAGGUGGCUGCCACCGCUGCUGCGCAGAGAGACACUACCAUCAUCAACCACUCGCCUUGCCACUCCUCCAAUAACAGUUUCAACGAAGACCUGCCAGUUGCCGACUUUCGGAAUCAGGAAAUGGAGAACAGGAUCCGUGCUCUCUACGCUCAAAUCUUGGAAAAGGACGCCGUGAUCAAGAUCCUCACCCAGCGGCUGCACCAGGACCAGGGGCGCAAGGACGAGCAGAGCCCCCGCACCAACCUCCUGAGCGUGGCCGGGGCGCCCCUGAGGCUGGCCUGCUCCACGCCCUCCAUUUUUACAGCCAAGACUGCAGCCAAGAGUCGAGGUAAGAGUCUGUCCGACGACCAGACGUUGCCAUUUUCCGCUCAGUCGGAGCCCAACACGCUGGAACGGCAGACAGAGGCAACCAAAGGCGGCGAGGCCGCCGGCGUCAGCAAGCUCAGCGCCGAUAAGACAACGCCAAAGAAGUUGCUAUUAAACCCAUUCAGAGGCCUGGAGGAGUUGGAAUCGGAAGCCGUGGAGAUCUUUAUCUAAAAGGAGCCAACGGUGUGAGGAAGAAUUCCCAACAUGUGUGAAGUCUGUCACAGGAAGAAGAUAUCGGACGUAAGAGGCUGGGAAAGAAAAGAAACGAGGCUGCUUUUGACAAGGAAGAGCCGUGCUCUCACUUGCGGCCGCGGGCGGUCGGUCGGUCGGUCGGCCCAGGACUCUUCCCAGGUACUUGGACAGUAUUUCGGAUGGAGCUUGGCGCGUGGAGGCCAACAUAUUUAUAGAAUUUCUGCUUCCUCCCAAUUGAAUUUCGCCAAUCCAGUGAAUGACAAAGCUGCGUAUUUAACUUCCCAAAUAUGCGCCGUCUGUCUCUUACUGUAAAUAUUGUAAAUAUUCAGCAUUCCCAACCCACCGACAAAAUGUGGAUUUUUUGUUUUGUUAACCUGAGUAACCUCAAUUUCGUCCCAGUUGCUCACUAAUUUAUGACAGAAACACUGUUCAGUCACUCGAGUUUUGCGCGUUUCCAACGUCUUGGCAGCUGGUUCUCCUAAGGCCGACAAACACGUGAACGCAUGUGAUUUGUUGUAUAAACGUAUCUUUUUUUUUUUUUUCUUCAAAACUGACACAGACCUAAUGUUGUUUGUAGAUGUGUGUGAGGAGGCUUGAGCUUAACCGUAGCUGGUUAGCUAGCGUGCACUCUCACCUCGUGCGACUGUUCGGCCGGUCCGAAUGCCAUUUGGGGGAGGCUUGACAAACGACAACGUGUUUUGUGUUUACUGUGAUCCUCUGAAAUAACAAACAGGUUACUAAUUAUUAUUAUUGUUAUUACGUAUAUUUUUAUUCAGAGAUCUGUAUUAUUCUUAUUGUAGAUAAUAAGAGUGCUUUGAGCAGGACGCCAAAGAGUUAAUGUAUUUUUUUUUUUUUUAAGUUAUGUGCCGACAAUCGCGGUAAAAGUCAAAAAGUUGGACACAACCGAGCGAGUGUUGACUUCAGCAGUCAUUUCUGUCAAAGUUUGCAGCGUUAUGAAGGUUUUAACAGCUGAAUUUCACUCGACAUUUCAUAAAACAAUAAAAUAUUUGAAUUUACAAAA